AUGAGAAAUGAUUUUCUAACCAAAAAAACUCAACGAGUAUACCUUGCACACAAAGAGAAGAUCCCGUAUAGGGCAGCAAAGUCAUCUAAGUUCAUACCAAAGGCCAUGUUCCUAGGGGCAGUUGGUAGGCCAAGAUGGAGUCCAUAUGGUCAAUGCAUGUUUAAUGGGAAAAUAGGUAUUUUUCCUUUCAUUAACAGGGUGGCAGCCGUGAGGGACUCAACGAAUAGACCAAGGGGGUCGAUUGAAAUUAAGCCAACGGAAUCAGUCACUCAAGAUGUUUAUAGGAACAUGCUCAAACAAAAUCUCAUUCCAACAAUAUUAAGAAAGUGGCCAAGUGAAGGGCCUUCAAUCAUUUUCAUUCAACAAGACAAUGCAAGACUGCACAUUACAAAUGAUGAUCCAAUAUGUCAACAACACAACAAGCAAGUUGAAGAUGCAUAUGCGGAACUUCAUCCAAAGACAUUAACAAAUAUUUGGAUUUCAUUGCAGCACCACUUGAAUGAGAUAUUGAAGGUUAAGGGAUGUAAUGACUAUGUUCAACCACAUUUUGGUAAAAAGCUACUUAAGGAAGUCGUUGCUUUUGUGAAUCCAAACAGAAAUCCGCAAGCAUCACAAACAUUGGCAGAGAAUGAAGAUGUGGCACAGACAUCUAAUGCAAUGCAAGAAGCCUAUGAUCAAGAAAUCGAGGAGACACAAGGAUGA